GGUCUUGUAUAUGUACCCCAACUUCGAGAAUUUGAAGUUGACAGGUAUCAACCCUGCACCUGCUGUCCUUAUGGAUAUCAUAUCGACCUUGACUUUGUUCGAUACUGUGAAGCAUUGUCAAAUGGCAAUGAAGUAUCAUCAUCUAAGCAACGGCGUCGUGAGCGCCGACGAGCAAGGCAUUCUAUGGAAGUGUUAUUGGGCCUCACCAGCCCAUCACUAUGGACAAUUGAACAACAGUUACCUGAGGUGCCUCAAGAAGAAACAACAUCACCUGUAUCACUUGAAUUUAUUCAAGAUGAUGCUCUUAACAAGGCUGUAGAAGUGUUUGAAGACACAUUGCAACGAACACAUAAGAAACAUAGUGUCCGGAAUAAUACUGAUUUCACUGACGGUUUUGGAGAUGGAGCGUUCCGCGACCGCACGUAUGGACGCCGCACGCCCGCUGAAAUGGCGGAUUCCGAGUCCACCAUGUUGCGGUCCACCUCCGCGACGGACGAGACGGCGGAGACGAAACGACGUCAUCUCGGCGUCAGCGCCGACAAGGACAGCCAGUCGGAGCCCUUAGAUUCGAGCAGAGAUGCAGAGAUGAACGAUUCGAGUACACACCAAGAUUUCGACGUUGUGAGUGUUGGCAGUGCAACAUCGGGAGUCAGCACUCUGCAAAUACAUCCCGAGUUACAGAACAUCCGUGAACAGAUGGCAGUCAGUUUGGAAAGAAUGCGAGAAUUAGAAGAACAAGUGAAGUUAAUUCCAAUUUUGCAGAUCCAAUUGGCUGUUUUGAAAGAAGAGAAGCGCAAGUUGUUGCUGCAACAAAAAGUCCAAGCAAAUGGGGACCGGGCCAACUUUGCCAAAUUAGAAGUGAAUGUGGCCAGUGAUAUUGACAGUGUGUCAUUACAUAAAAAUGAAGAACAAAAUCACGAAGAAACAAGUUAUCGUGGAGAUGGGCUAAAGAAAAACGAUGUACUCCAUGUAUCCCCUGACAGUUGGUCAAAGAAUUCAACUUUUCUUGGAAAUGCAUUAGAACAGACAUAUGUGCCAAAUUCAAGUAUAGAACGAAAAGUCAAAACCUCUUUUAGGAACAGAGGUAUUACAUGUUCUGUAGUUACCAGAGAUGUUGGGGUGUCUCAUUUGCAGCCCAAAAUGAGAAAUGUAGGCACUAAUACUCAAGAACCACAUAAAAAACUGACUUUUAGUGGAAUGCGAAGAGAGAAUAUAUUACCUGAUGUAACAUUGGAAAAUGCUAAUAGAUUAGAUAGAAAAGAGCUGGUGCAACCAAUUCAGCAGUCAUGCUAUGAGUUAAAGCAUGAACUUAGAAAUCCUUCACAGUUAUUACCUGACUUGGCAAGCACUCAGAUUCAUACUAAAAGUGUCUCAGUUAGCACAGAUUUGCAAAUGUCUGAUAUUCAACAGUAUAUUAUAAAAUCAGCUAAUGUUUUAGAUAGAUAUACAAAAAACAAACCAACUUUAAUAAACAUAGCUUCUCAAACAAUAAAUGUAGUUCAGCCUCUUUUACGCAUUACUGAACAUUCAGAUUUUGCAGCUCAAGUUAGCCAUGAACAAUUUCCUGUGCAGAAAGAACAAAAAGAGAUUCAUUAUGUAAAUGCAGCUGUUCAAUGUGAUUUCAAGGUAAUGAAACAUGUUGCAGUCCAACAAGACUCGAGCAUUUGGCAAAACACUUGUGGAAUUCAAUAUGAACCACUUCACUGGAGUAGAGAUGCAAUAAUUCAAGUAGGAGAAUUUGAAAAACAUGUAACAGAUGUGGGUGUGACUGUGAAACCACAAAUUGUAGAUUGUGGAGUUGAGGCCAAAAUUAUUACUCGUGAUAAAGGUACUUUGGUCUCUACAAUUAAUGAAAUAUCAUGUGAUAAAUGUAAAGUGCCUCGAUGCAAUGUUGCUGUUGGAACAUCUACCCCAGCUAAUGAAAAGGUAUCAAUGGUUUCCCUCAGUUCCUUGUACGAAUCAUCAAAUAGUCAUCUUUUCAGUCUUUCAGAACAAAAAGCAAAAACUACAGUAAGUGUUGCUUGUGGAGUUGAUUUUAAAUUUUCUACUUCAAGAAGUACUGACACUAAUGACUUAGUAACUAUAAUUACAAGAGAAGCUGGUAUCAACACAAUUAAUAAACAAUUCAGGGAUGCCGCUGUUUGCCACUCUCAAGAACGACUAAAGACUGAACUAAAUGGUGACCUCAACAUUCGAACAAAUGAAACAUGUAUUGUAAAAGACAUUGUCACCAAUGAAUCUGUUCAUAUAAGCCAGUCACGAAUUCCAAGACUUACUGGACCAGUGUCACCCACAGCUCCUAGUCCCAUUAUCACAAAAACUGGAACAACAGUGUCGGUGACAGCAGAAAAGCUACAAAAACCAUCGUCUCCAGUGCCUCAGACCAACAUUCCUAAAUCACCCAGUACUAGUGUCCCCAAAGCGUAUGCCCGGAAGCAAUCUACUGUUACAAGUACUACACAAGAAACAAAAAACACUACUGAAUCCAGAAGUUAUCAUCGACUACAAAGACAAGAAACCUAUACAAAACUUCCUGAAGUUACAGUAUCCCAGUUAGAAGAAGUAGAAAACACAAGAGAAAAUAGGGUGGAGCCUAGCAAAGAAAUGAAAGCUGCCUUGAAAGUAAUAAAUGAUUAUUUCAAAAAGAAUCCCAGCAAAAAGGAGCUUCCGAAGAAUCUAACAAAUGCUACUAAUAUUGUUCAGCAAGAAUGGUUCAAGGUUUCAGGUGGAAAAUCUGUUAAUCCCUUGGCCGUAGAAGAUUAUUUGGAUUACAUUGAAGGAUGUUCAUCAGCAUUAUUAGAAUUUGUUGUAAAUAUGACUGACAUAAGUGGUAAUACUGCAUUGCAUUAUGCUGUUUCAAGUGGAAAUUUUGACGUUGUUUCUAUAUUAUUGGAUUCAAAAGUUUGCAACGUAAAUAAAAGAAAUGCUGCAGGUUAUACAUGUGUCAUGUUGGCUACUUUAGUAAAAUUACGAUGUGAAACACACAAACAGAUAAUUCGUCGCAUGUUUCAUCUUGCUGAUGUUAAUAUUAAAGCAAAGCCUCAUGGUCAAACUGCUUUGAUGUUAGCCACAUCACAUGGUAGUUUGGAAAUGGUUGAAAUGCUCACAGAGGCAGGUGCAGAUAUGAAUAUACAAGAUGCAGAUGGUAGCACUGCUUUAAUGUGUGCUGCUGAUCAUGGUUUUAUUGAUAUAGUCAAACACAUAAUUGCUCAACCAGAUUGUGAUGUGACUUUAACUGAUUCUGAUGGUUGCACUGCAUUGAAUAUUGCAAUGGAAUCAGGCAAUCGGCAUGUGGGAUUUUUACUUUACGCCCAUGAACAUUUUUCCCAAGGCAGUUCACCUCAUGGGUCAUUGCGCUCUAAGCACUCAAGAAGCAGCACACCUACAUCUCGAAGCAAUAUUUCAUCUGGUCAUCCCACUGGUACACCAGUUUCUAGUGAUUUGGAUAAAAAUCAGUCAUGACGGUACAGAGCCUUUCUGCUCUUUGAAGAAUUUAUUUUAAUUACUGUGAUGUUCUGUAUUUUGACAGUGCUUGUUUAUCUAACUGGAAACACAUCAUACUCAUUUCAAUGUAUGGUAUUUCCAAUGCUUGUAGAUAAUGUAUUAUGAAGAAUAAGUUUUAUUAUUUAAUGUGUUUACCAUUGUUUAACAUCAUAAAAGAAUUUGGCUUUUGUUGCAGUAAUAUUGUGACGUGCUUUUUUCAGGUUUUUCAAAAGAGUAUGUCAUUCUAAAAUGUCUUAUAAAAUACAGUUAUAGAUUGUCAUAUUUGUAAAACCAUGAUACUUGCAAGGUCGUAAGUUUCUUAUUUUUCUUUCAAAUAAAGAGAUAUUCUAGUGUUCAUUAUUCUCAUGUAUAACUUUAAUUCUAUAUAUGAAAGUAAUAUAUUUUUAAGUUUUAUAUAAUAUUGGAAGUAAGCAAUUCACACCGUAUUUAAAAUGGCUUUCUGAUAUCAAAGUUCUGUAAUCAUUCUACAUGUAAGAAUCAUCAAGUUUAGGUAUUUUUUGUUUAUGUUUUAUCCUUGUAAGAAUUACAAGUUUUAUAAGUGUUUAGAAUCUUGCUCUACUCUUAAAAGAGCAAAUGUUUAAAUGACAUACAUUUUGAUUAAUAUAAUGGUGACACAAUGGUGCUUUUUAGUUGUCUGGAAUAUGAGAAAUCUCAUUUAUAUUGCUGCGAAUUUCCCUGUGUAAGGCUUCUUUAUUUUGCAGCAUCUUGAUUACAAAGCGGCUUCCAUCAAAAAUAAGUUUUGCAUAUUGCUUAGUAGUAACAUUUUGUAGCGAAUGUGCAUUUUAUAUGUAGUUUCGCAUGGAGAAUUCCAGAAUUAGCCAUCAUUUUAUUAGUUCAUCAUACUCCGCAGGUAUGAUAGACGGACUUCUAUUGAGCUGAAAGUAUUUACAGUGAUUGUUCAUGGAAAGGACUAUAUAGUGAGGAAGCAUACAUCAAAGUUGCACUAAAAUUUCUUUUAAAAUGCAACUGAAGUCAACAUUAUAUUUCAUUUGUAAAAUCAUAUUUUUCUGUUAGUGUUGAGUUCUAACAUCUGGUUCUAGAGUACAGAGGAAGAUUAAAUUCAUUUACAUGGUUACUUGAAUAAAUUUUAAUAAUGCUAUACUUUAAGGGGAACAAUGUUAACAACCAAUGUGUUCUUCUCAAUUAUUUAUAUUGAAAAAACAAGACAACAAUUAUUUAAUGCUAAAUAUUUUUGUAGCUUGCAAAUAUUGCAGUGUAGUGUUUCAAAGAGAAAAUUUGAAGUAUAACAGGUUUGUGAAAAAAAAGAAAAAGGGGAAAAAAAGGAGCUGUUGACAUUUUGAAAUUAAUCACUAGUGAAUGAACUUACUUUUUUUUAAUUCAUUUUUUUACCUUUUUGUACAUGGCUUAUAAUUUUACUAGUAAUUUUCAUGAAUAAAACAUCCAUCCAAGUAAUACAUAUUAUGUAACAUGUUAUUCAUACUGCAGAUAUAUUUUUAAUUAAUGAUGCUUAUGCAGUAAAACAUUAUUUAUUUCCAUUAAAAGUAUAAUAACUUAAACAUAAAGGCAUUUAAAUUUUUAGUAACCUGGUUUUAGAUCUUGGCAACUAAAACACCUUCAGUCAAGGUAUGUGCUUGAAUGACUGUUUCUAUAUUAAUAUUUUUUAUUAAUGCACACAGUUCAUUCAAUUUAUUCUCAUUUGUUUCCAUUAUUACCUGUUUGACUGAAUUCUUUGAACGUUUAACACUCGACAUUCAUGAUGUGAACAAAUGUAUUUGAAUAUAAAAUGUAAUAUAUGUAUGAAUAUGAAUGUAAUGUACAUGAAAAUGCCUACGUCUCUCAUUCAGUAUUCACUAUGCAAACCACACAAACUGUGCAAUUAAUUCAUCUAUCAAUCGUAAUUGAUAUGAUACUAUUGUAUGUCAUUAUUGUAGUAUGGAAUAGAGAAUUUCUGGAAAGAACUUUCGAUGUUUGUGAAACCUCACAACAAAACAGCUCUUGAAAUGGGAAGAAGUGAUAGUGUCAUAUGUAAUACAAGUGUAUGACCUGUUGAUAUUCUAUUGAUCCCUACCUUUUACAAUUCUUAGCUGUUCUUAUUGUGUUAAGUAAUGUAAAUCUGCAUUAAUUGGAACAUCAAAGGUGACAAUUAUAUGUAAUGAUACCAACCUUACUGAUUGAGAUUUGUUUAAAAAUAAUAUAUUUUUUCAUUCUUUGUUGCAUGUUUGGCCCAAGUAUUUGUUUUAUCCUUCAAUCUAAAAAAAAAUGUUCAUUUCUAUGAUUUCAAGAUUUUUUUAGAGCAGUUAAGAAAGAAUGUGGUUGUUCAAUCUUCUUUCUCUUUGAUCAUGCAUUAUUAGGAAUCUAUAAUAUUUUGCUUAUACCUUGAUUAUGUAUAUCAAAUUUUGUAUUAAUUAUUUAAAAUUUAAACAUAAACGUGCAUUUUAUAACACUUUGUAUUAAUAAAUACUUUAUAUCUAACAUUUGGAAAGAGAUUCCAAUAAGUUAUAAGAAAUAAUACACAUUUAAAAUACUUCUAUUGCCUGUUUAGAAUAGGAAUCUUUGAAUUCACAUGACCUUACAAAUCAUUAAUAGUUAUUUAUUUCCCUUGGGCACCAGAUUUGCUACUGUAGUUUUUUUUUAAUAGAGGGCUCAAUUUUCUCUAAAUUACAUAAAAUUUAAAAUUGCCCCAAAGUGUAACCUGAUGAGACAAGUUCAACCAUCUGAAACCCAAAGAGAGUGGAAAAAUUUGUACAAAAGGUGGAAUGUGCCUUAGAUCUGAAUUUAUUAUUCCCAGAAACAAAUAUUAUGUAAACAAAGAAAGAAAAGUUAUUCGAGUUCUUAAUAUUAGAUGCUUCAAAAGAAUUAUUUCCAUCUGACAAUUUAAUGGAAUAUGGUCUGAGGUCUUGCAAUUACUGGAUUGCUGAAAGAUUUGGUUUUUGAUGUAACUUCUUUGAAAGUGUUUGAAAUUGUGCUGUAAAAUAUUUUAAUCUUUCUCCAACAGAAUACAAAUAAUAAUAAUUAUUGUUAUUAUGACAUACAUGUUGAUUUCUUCCUUUUGUAUUGUAUAGAAGAAUCAUAAUAUUCUUUAAAUUAAUCUAGUUUAUUUAAACCCAACAGUAUCAUUGUGCUGAUUGAUUUUGUAGUUUGUUUAAUAGGACCACAUAAGUUAGUUCAUGUGGAAGUGGAGUUAGCUCAUUAGAAAUAUUACCAGAUGUGACAAUGUCGACCUUAAAGAUCUACAUCAUUGUUCAGUUUUAGCCAUAAUGUUAACUUGAAUGAGAUUUUUCAGAUUUAUUUAUUAACUUUUUAUUCUCGGAUGAAAUUAUAAUAGAUACAAAUUUCGUAAUUUUAUCUACAAAUAUUAAAUUACUUGUUUUUUUGAAACAAUUUCUUUUAUGGGUCACAUUGAUGCAAAAAAUGUAAAACGGGAUAUUUAUAUCUAUUGUAACUUACUUUCAAUUGAUCGUAAUUUUUCAUUGCAUUAUUCUAGGAAAACAUACAAGAAUGGUAGGGGUUGGGACGACAUGGUGCCAAAUCAUAUUUCUCAUGUCAAAAAUAAAUAUCUUAGAGUAGCUGCAUUCAAAGCAGCAAGAAGUGUACAAAAACUUACAUGCCAGGAUUUAAAAAAAAAAAAGUUUUUCCUCUCACUGACAAAAUUAAUGAAAUGUGACUUGGAACUACAUUGUUGCAACCCUUUCAAUUAGUAGGAAGUAAAUAAAAAUUUGGUUGACGGAUAUAUUGUUGAGAUUAAAAUGAAAUUUAAAAUCCAAAACUUUUAGGUGCAUUUUAAUCUAUAUGCAUAAUUCUUUACAAAUUAGAGUAUGUGCACUCAGUUAUUAUAUGUUUACAUGGACCAUGAAUAACCAAAUAGUUGAUACAGUGACCUUAGAAAUUUUGUACGUUUGAGAAGCUGUGUGGCAUCAAAGUUGAAUUGGAUAUGGAGCUUCAAAUUACUUUCCUCCAAGGUUACAGGUCGGUUGUACUUUGGUUAAGGUUGUGUGUAAAGAUAUGGUUCAUGGAACCUGUCACUACUCGUAAACUUUUUACAUUUAUUCAUUCUGAAAUUUUUGAUAAUUGCCUAGUGUAACAUCAUGUAAAAUGUCAACAUGUGAAACAUACUGUUCGACUUUCGUCUUAUAGUGUUUGUCAUUUUUACACAUGACGUGUGCUGCUCUUUCCAUAUGUGUUUGAGAGUUUAUAGUAAUUUCAUUGCUUUCUAUUUCAAGACUCUUCAAUGGGAUGUAUGUUGUCAUCCAGCCAUUGAUCAUAUCCCACCACCACUUAAUGAAUUUAUCACAUAUCUGUUGCAAUAGGGAGAGGUACAUCUGUAUCUUUUGCAGAAAUGAUAAGAGUCUUAUGAUCUAUAAACCAGUUUAAUUAUUUUGUGUUGAGAACCAUUGGCAAUAAUCGAGCAAGGUUGUUGUUUCUUCACAAUACUUUUACUUUACAUUUCUCUACUUGUCAGACUUUGUUACUACCCCUCUCCCCAUUCUGUCUUCCAACUCAAGGUUUAGGUGUAAUUUUUUGUACUGAACUACUUACGUGUAUUGUAAUAUGCAAAACUUUGUUGAUGGGUACUAUAGUGUUUCAAAAUUGGAUGUAUUAUAAAAAUACUAAGGAAAUGAAUGAAUUAUGAAUGUAUCUAGUAAUUGAAAAUGCAUGUAAAUUUGGUAUAUGUUAUAAAUUAUAUAUUAUGACACUUUCAAGAGUUUUAAAUUGUUUUACACCUAGUUUUUGCCCAAAAUAACUGUGAUGUACGAAGUAUGUGUGAGUGUUAAUUUAUUUUGUAUUAGAGUUCGUAUAUUCUAGAGAAAGUUACUUCAAUCUUCUGCAUCCUUUGAUGUAAUGUUCAUAGUGUAGUAGAGAAGAUAUCUUGAUUAUCUUGUGGUAGAGACAAGGUACUUCUGCAGUAUUAUUGAGGGUCCAUACUUAUAUUUUUCUGAAAGUAAAUACCAUAUUUUGAAUCUUGUUGAAAAGAUGGUGAAAUUGUAUAUUCUCCAUGGAACUCCCUAUUGUACAGUAUACCUCGAACAAAAGUGUGCUGUUCACCAGCAUUAGUGUGUCAGUAUAACAUAUGCAUGUCAUACUCUGAUUCGUUUUCUGUUUAAAAUAUUAAAGUCUGUAGUACAAAACGGUUCUAUAAAUGUUGAAACUUGUCAAUAAUUCUGAACCUAGAAGAUGUUGUAUGUUGAGUGAAUGAUUAUAAAUAAUGUGAUAACA